UUUGUGCAACUAAGUGACAUCCUGCCAAGUGUGUGUGUGUGUUCGUCGUUGGGGAAUAGUGGUAUUAUCCUUCCACGUAACGGACUAGUUUGUAGAUAUAGGAUCAGUAUUUUUGCGCGUUUAAAGUGAUACGGUGAUAAGCGACUGCCAUCCACAAUGAAAAUUAUUAUAUUCACCACCCUGAUUGCGGUGUGCUCAUGUGCCCGUUUAGACAAUAACUAUCUGCCGCCACCGGGAGCAGCUUCCUCCGGUGGAGGCCCUGGAUUAGCGGCACCAGCUCCAGGUGGAUUCGGAGCCAGACCAUCGUCCGGAGGGCAUGGUGGUGGAGCAGGAGGAGCUGGCGGUUUUGGUGGACGACCCGCACCGGGAGGUGCACCCGCUAACCGUCCAGCCCCUUCAUACGGUCCACCAGCAGGUGGAUUUGGAGGUGGCGCCCCUUCAUCUUUCGGCGGUGGAGCUUCUUCUGGUGGUUUCGGAGGUGGUGCUCCGGCUAGUCCAGCGGCUCCUGCUGGACCACCAAUCGAGAUAAUUUCCUAUGAGAACGAAAAUAAUGGCGAUGGCAGCUACAAGUUCAGUUACGAAACCGGCAACGGAAUCAAGGCACAGGAACAGGGAGAAGUCAAGAACAAAGGAUCCGAAAACGAGAUCCAAUCCGUACAGGGAUCGUACUCGUACACCUCUCCUGAAGGUCAGGUCAUCACGCUGACUUACGUUGCCGAUGAGAAUGGAUUCCAACCGCAGGGAGAUCAUCUGCCAACCCCACCACCGAUCCCAGAGGAAGUGCUGAAGGCCCAGCAGGCACAUGCUGCUGCUCAUGCUAGUGCGGCCGCUGCUGGAGGUGGUAGUUCCGGCGGUCAUGGUGCUGGCGGAGCUGGUGGAUACCCAGGAUCAGGACCCGCUAGUACGGGUGGUGCUGGAUACCCAUCGGGUGGUGGUGCAGGAGCUGGAUAUCCAUCAGGAGGUCCGCUGGCUGGUGCACGGCCUGGCGGUGGCCGUCCAUCCGGUAGUGGUUCGUUCAGUCCGCAGUCAGGGUAUAAAUACUAGACAAAUUAGCCUAUUGUUAAAAUGUUACCAUUGUCCUCUGAUCUGAAAGCACUGGCUUGACUGUAAAUAAAUCUGAAGUGGAGCAAACUGGCGGAGAUAUAAAUAAAUCACAAGGUGUGAAACACGAA